AUGCUGGGGGAUGACCUGACUGACGAGGUCCUGCAGGCGGUGAAUACUUGUACCAUUCCCCCCGGAUGGAAUGAUACUGCAAUUGUAAUGAUCCCAAAGGUUAAUUCCCCUGAAAAGGUUACUCAGUUCAGACCGAUCAGUUUAUGUAAUGUGGUCUACAAGAAGACGCUUUGUAUUUUGCUUGGAGCAUCGUACUCAUUUGGGCCCUGCAACCCACUCGCACGGGCCUCCCCAGCGCACUCCGGCCCUUGGCCCUUCGUCGCCUCACUCUCCUUCCCCCCGCCGGCGCAGCAGCGAGAAGAUCCUCCGAUCCCCAUAUUUGCCGGCGACGAGCGAGCCCUCGUACGCGCCGCUCCGGGGAGCGUCGCCGCCGUCCUUCCCCGCGACGGCGACGCGUACAGCGGCAGAGCGGGAGGAAGCGCCCACUGCUCUCGUACUGAUCUGAUGGAAUACCAUCGGCAGUCAAUCACCAUGACGAAAAGAAGCCGUGGGACCAUCCUCGACGACCUCCCCGAGUGGAUUAUCAUCGAAGAGAUCCUCAUCCGGUUGCCACCAAAGGACGUUCUUCGCUGCCGCGCUGUCCGCAAGUUGUGGUGCAGUGCCACCUCCACCGACAAGUUCAUGCUCGGCAACUGCCUACGCCAGCCGUCGCUCCCUGUUAUCAACCAGGAUAUCCCUGGGCAGGAAGGAGUCACCUUCGUUGUCUUCCGUGACAACGGUGUCGGAGCCUCCAAUCAAAAGCUCUGGCCAAUCAUUCAACACUCUAAGUUCCAUAAUCUCCUGGGGGCCUGUGAUGGCUUUCUCAUCUUGUCCGAUGCAUCCCAUUUCUGGAUCUGCAAUCCAGCCACUCGCAGAUGUGCUCCGCUACCACAACCUCGAGUUCCAUCGGCAGGGGGGGGCCGGCCAUACAUAUCUGGCUUUUUCCCG